AUUGUUUAUCUUAGUACAUAAUGGAAACUGACCAUUCCAACCAAACGCCUAGUUUGCCCAUGGAUACAUCAUCUGACAAUACACCACAGCAGUCACUUCCACCCAUAACAUCAUUACCAACCCAAAGUAAUGAUAGUUUGCCGUUAAACAGCAUGGCAUCGUUCCUGCCUCUACCAACAACUGAUGUUAACACACCUGUCUCUUUUCAUAUUCCCCUCGUUCAAAAUGAAGCUCCAGUAGUAACUACUAUAGAAGGCGUGUCCACAAUUCCUGAUAAGGAUGCUGUAUUAACCAAUACACCAAGUGACAUUUUACAAACCACAAAAGAGAACACAUUGCCCCAACAAACCACUGUGGUUGAUAACAUUACACCAACUACAAGUGAAACUGCUGUAAACAACAACCCCAUCUGCCCUGUUGUUACGACACCUACAGUGCAACUUAAGCUCCCAGAGAACAUAGCAACUGUUGUGAAGACUGAGCACACAGAGGAGCAACAUCCGAUGAUGCAGGAAGCGGGGAACGAUCCGAACAUGGAUGAAACUGUGGAUGAUGAAGCAUUCGACAUGGACACUUCUGAUUCGAUGAUAAAAGUGAAGACAGAGAUGGAUUUUCAGAUCUCUCCCGCUUCUCUACCUUCAGCCUCUCAUUCCAGGACAUCAUCAUUGUCUUCGAAAUCCUCCAAAACUCCUUCACCACGCUCUUCAACAAGUCCCACCAGUCAAACACAUAAAUCAAAGAAGAAGAGACCGCCUCCCCCUGCUAAAGAAAUUGGACAACAAGACAGCCGGAAUGACUUUUACUGCUGGGUUUGCCAUAAAGAAGGUGAAGUCUUGUGUUGUGAGUUGUGUCCACGGGUGUUCCAUGCAAAGUGUCUUCGUAUGCAAUCUGAGCCUGAAGGAGAUUGGUUUUGCCCGGAAUGUGAAAAAAUAACAGAAGCUGAGUGCAAGGACUCUCAAUCUAAAUCCAUGUCUCAACUGAGCAUUCAGCAACUUGGUAUACAUCUCCGUUAUGCCCUGCAACGAAUGAAAAUUGCUGGUUCUGAGCCAUUUCUUGAACCAGUUGAUACCAAGAAAUUCUCUGAUUAUUUGGAUUAUGUUUUCCACCCUAUGGAUAUCAGCACACUGGAGAAAAGUGUUAGAAGAAACCAGUAUGGCUGUACAGAGGCAUUUUUAGCUGAUGUGAAAUGGAUUCUCCAUAAUUGCAUCAUCUAUAAUGGAACACACACCAAGCUUACACAUAUUGCUAAAACUAUGGUCAAGAUAGCACAGCAUGAGAUGUCUGAGAUUGAGGUUUGCCCAGAAUGUUACCUGAAUUCGUGCCGCAAACGAGAAAACUGGUUUUGCGAACCUUGUAAAGACCCUCAUGUUCUUGUUUGGGCUAAACUGCAAGGUUUUCCGCAUUGGCCUGCUAAGGCUCUUAGAAUAGACAAGGGAAGUGUAGACGCUCGAUUUUUUGGCCAGCAUGACAGAGCUUGGAUUCCAUUGUCAGGGUGUUACCUUAUGUCAAAAGAAAUGCCGCACCCUGUUAAAAAUAAGAAAAAGGGCAGAGGUCCUGGAGCUAAAGGUGGCCUCGACAGUGCAAUGCUUGAGGCUCAACAUUACAUUGAUAAUGUGAUAAAGAAAACCGGUUCAUUCGAGUAUGCACCGCUUCGUACUCCCCUCACACAUGUUGAUUUGUACAGGAAGUCAGGAACAACAGAUCAAAGUCAAGAUUCAGGAAGCAUUGAUAACAAGGAAGUUUCCAGAGACAGCAAGAUUAAGGAUAACGUGAGUUUAAAGCAAGAGGAAACUGAUGCAUCAUUUAAAUCCUCGGUAACCAAUGUUAAAACAGCUCUUGGUGAAAAACUUCUUAAUCUUAAACUAGGAGCUGAGGGGGGUGUUCCGGGAUCAGAUCUUCCUAAAAAGAAGUCCAAAGUAGUGACGACUAGCGGCACUCAUCCAGGAGGAGCACAGAAGGGAGGUUUUGCGCCGAAGAAGAGAGUGACUAAUCCUCUCCUGGAAAAGACGAUCGAAUCGUGCAAAGCUUCAAUUCUUGAUUCUCUACCUGAUGAUUUUGAUGAUGAGUCAUCUUCAGAGGAUUCAGAUUCCACAUCUGAAGAAGAGAGCAAUGAAGCUUCAUCAAACAAGUCGACACCAACUAUUAAUAAAGAUCAAACUGAUAACAAGGAAGCAAAAAGUGAGGAGGGGCAUGGCAAAGUGAAAGGUGCACAAGAUGACUCCGACUCCGAACUAGUAAUGGACAUCCCAGAAGAGGAAGAUGGCACAAAGAAAAAGGACUCCCUGGCAGUAACAUUAGCUGAUAAAGGAAUCGUAAAAUUAAAGAAAUCAAAAGACGGAGCAAAAGAAUUAAAAGUCUCUUCCAAACCAAAGUCUAUCCUCCUGAAUAAAGAUGUGGAUAAAAGGUCCUCCGAUCCAAGCAGCACUCCCAUCCGAUCUUCCUCAUCAGGGAACGUGAAGAGGAAGCUUGCGGAAGAUAGCCCUUCAUCCUCUCCCAAUGUAAAAGUCCGGAAGAUGGAUUCCGGAGGAGGAAUAAAGAUCAUUCCUGCGAAAGAAAAGAAAAAGAUUUUUCCAGAAUCGUCAAAAUCGAAAUCUGACAAAGAUGGAGAUUCUGUUCGAAUCAAAAAAUCUGAUCCUUCGAAAAUACGAAAAGAUUCCAUUCCGGGGGGUGCAAAGAAAACUGAGGUUAUUGUAAAGAAAAAGAUCUUAAUGUCUAAUGCUGCUAAACCAAGGGCGGACGAUGGAAAAGACAAGUCAACGCUAAAAUCGACGGCGAAAAUAUUGUCUCAAAAAAUGAUGAACAGAAAACAUGAGCCGUCCGCAUCCAAAAAACCAGGGGAAAAGAGAAUUGGAGAAUCUGAAAAAUCAUUUUUUGGGGACGUUGCUCCAAAAAAACUUUCUUCGUUUACGAUUCCUAAACAUAGACCUGCACCUGCUCCUAAACACACACAAGAAUCGUCAAUUUCGAAACCAGUAGAUCCCACAGCACCUUCCAGCAACCAGCGAAUCCACCAACCAUACCAUGAUAACCAUAAUAACCAUUCAACUAGUAUUGGGGCAAAUGUACCUAUGCAGAAAAUACAGAAAUAUAAUGAUAAAGUGAUGCAAGGAGUUCAACAAGUCCUCGUCGAGAUGUAUGAGGACAUGAUGAAUGUCUUCGAGAGCAACCAAGGAAAGAAGAACACAGAACAUCAAGGAGAUGCAACUGUUGGUCAGCAAGUUACUCAGCUAAGGCUUGAACUUGAAAGAUUAAAAUGGAUGCAUCAACAGGAGAUUGCUGAGCUACAACAUAAUCAUGAUUUGACUGUAGCUGAGAUCCGGCAGAGUUUGGAAAAUGAGAAGAUUCAUGCGUUGGAUGACAUUAAGAAGAAAUGUGAUGCGGAGAAGCAGAGCGCUGUGGAAGACACAAAGAAGAAGCAGUGGUGUGCUAACUGUAGAAAGGAAGCUAUCUUUUAUUGCUGUUGGAACACAAGCUACUGUGACUACCCUUGCCAACAGUUGCAUUGGCCCAAACACAUGGGGACAUGUUCACAAGCGAGGGGAGGUGCGGCUCAAACGGCAACAACAACUGCUCCUUCAGCGGAAGUUGAACCUGCUCCUGAAGAGGAAGAACCAAAAUCAGAGGCUCCCAAGGUCCAGGAAGAAGAGGACACGAUGAGGGUAGAUGAGGAUGAAGAUGAUAACAGUGAUAACGAGAUGGUUAUUGAUGAGAAUAUUGAGGAAGCAACAUCCAAAAAAGUCGAGGACAUAUCCCCUCUUUCUCCGGAAGAGGAACUAUUAAAAAAAUCCAAAAACGAUUUAAAAGACGAUCAAAUUCCCAUCACUUCUGCUGAAGACAUUAAUCCAACAUUGAUCACUUCUUCCUCCAUCAGUAAAGUGAUGUCUCUUCCCAUGAAAUUAAAGUCCUCAUCACCGAUAGGAGAUCCUGCAUCUACUGUGGUGUCCUCCAAACUGAUUGAUGAUAUUUUUUCCAAAGUUCAGAAGAAAGAAGCGAUUGUCGAGACAACAAGCUCAACAGAAGAAAAUAAACAAAAAUCUGUAAAUUCCGAGUUGAUUUCUGGUGAUGUUGAAAGUUCUGAAACAAAGCUGUUCAAACCUGUUGAAAAUGUUGAUUCUGAUGAUGAACGAUUAAUGAUGGAUGAAAGUGUUGAAAAAGAUGUUGAAAACCUAACUAAAUCUGAAACAACGAUAACAACAACAACAACAGCAGAAACAACAAUAUCAACAGCGUUAACAAUUUCAACAAAAGAAUCAACAGAUUCAACAAAAGAAUCAACCAACAAUAAUAUAGAAAUGAGUGAAAAUACUCCAGUUGAGACGGAAGCGCCUAAAAAUGAUGAUCAAACUAAUGCAGAUGAUCCAAAGACUAAAACAACAAAUGUUUUAAGCCACCCAGUUGUUGAACAACAUGUUGAUGAUGUUACACCUGCAAGUCAUGAACCAGAACCUGUAGAUGAUACUUUCAAAGAAAUAGACAAACCUAAAAAUAGUGAAGUUAAAACAGAAGAAAAUUUUGCAAAGGAAUUAAACACGGAUGAUAAAAGUGAAGUCAUAACUGAACAGACUACCAAUGCUGAAGCUGCAGACGAUGUAACAGAUAAAAAGUGUGAACUCAAGAGUGAAAAAAGUGAAACAACCACACCAGAAGAUAAUGUAGUAAAGGCAGAACCAGAAAAAACAGCAGUGAAGGGAACUGCAGAACCCAUGACAGUAGAAACGUCAGUGUCAGAACCGAUUGUCACUCCGGUGUUUUCUGACAAUUAUUUGGCAUCUCUACAAGCAAAAAAGACAACCGAUGAAACUACUACUGCACAAGAGAAAGUGGUUACCACUGAGACAGCGAGCGAGGCUGUAAAAGAAAGUCCAGACUCUCCGGAGAUGUUCGGAAGCUAAUAAUUUGUAAAUUUUCAAUUCUAAUUUUGAAAGUCACUUUUUGAGUGUUGUAUAUAGUAUAUACUGUGAUUUUUGACGCGUUUUUGGGUUCUUUAAAUUUAAAACAUUGUUUUAUUUAAUUUUAUCUGUAAAUAGCUUUAUUUUGUACCUUUUUACGCCAGGUAAAAGUGUAAAAAGAUACUUUUGUCCGCAAUCAUGAUUUGCCGCACUCAUGUCGAAAUAUUAAUUUUAAAAAGCAUUCGUUGCGUUUCCACCUUUUUGUUCUGAACAGCUUGUAAUUUGAGCCUUUAUCGCAUGAAAAUUUGAAUAAAUUUAUGUUGUAAUGUAUAGGGAA